AUGGAAGGACUCAUGUCUCAGGGAUCAACCAGCCAAACUUCCAGAGCUGGACCGUCCAGUCAACCGGCUAGAUCCGCACCUCCCAAGCGACCUCGAGAACAGACUAGGGAUAUGAAGCAGGAGUAUGAUGAUGAUAACCCACCUCCUCAAGAGUUAGAUGAGCACUUCGUGACUUUCCGAACUGACGUAGUAGGGGUCCAAUAUUACCGAGGAUUAGUUGGAAGAGGUGAAUACGUCAUGCUUCGUAGAGAACCAAGUAACAAGUUCGAUCCGAAUGCAGUACAGGUAACCAAUGCUUCAGGAAGUCAAGUUGGACAUAUACCAAGAGCUGUAGCUGGUAGACUUGCGGAAUUGAUGGAUCACUCUUUGAUAUCAGUCGAAGGUAGGAUGGUAGGACAGAAUUUAGAUGGAGCGAAACAUUAUAAAAUGGGAAUGGAUCUAUCAAUUUAUGCAAGACCAUCUCUGAGAGAAGUAUUAGAACCUGAAUUAGCUUGGGCAAAGAAUGAAACUAAAGUACAGAAACCUCCUCCUUCAUCUCAAUUGAUUCCUGUAUCAGGAAUGAAAGGACAUGGUAAUUCAGGUGUUGGUUUACCGGAAGGUAAUGAUCCGACAAUGAAGAAAUUGUUAGAAGGGUUGAAACAAGUUGGAGAUGAUCAAAAACAAGCUGACAACGUCAUGGAUACAUUGACUUCGGAAAUUGACGUUUCGAAAUUACCCCUUCAUCCUUCCCCACCUGGAAUACUGAAUGGUCAAUUAGUUGUUGAUAUCUUGCCUCAUCAAUCCCAGGCUCUCAAAUGGAUGAUCGAUCGAGAAAACCCUACUCUGCCAGCCUCCCCAUCUGAUAAACAAGUUCAAUUCUGGGUCAAGCAGAAAGGAGACCAUAAAGAUUAUUUCCUGAAUAUUGCGACCAAAACACCACAAUAUGAUGAACCGGUUCUGGGAAAGGGCGGUAUAAUCGCGGACGGUAUGGGGCUGGGUAAAACUCUUACUACGCUAUCCUUGAUCUUGGCGACGAAAUCAGAGACAGCUUCUGGAGCAUUCGGAAACGCUACGUUGAUAGUUUGCCCACUCUCCGUAUUGAGUAAUUGGGAGAAACAGAUCGGUGACCAUGUCGCACAUGGUCAAUUGACCCACUAUACCUAUCACGGUGCAUCAAAAGGUGUGACGGCCAAGACUCUAGAGCAAUACGAUGUAAUCAUAACGACCUAUAACGCUGUAGCUGCUGAAGCGCCCAUCGAGCCAACAGUCAACAGAAGUCCCAUCAAGGCGAAAAAGCCAAAGACCAGUGAAAAUGUUGCUGGACCGCUUUUCAAGGUCAAGUGGAAAAGAGUGGUAGCUGAUGAAGGUCAUGUUUUGAGAAAUCCAAAAGCCAAGAUGACUCAGGGCUUCGCCGUUUUACAAGCCGAUAGAAGAUGGGUCUGUACGGGAACGCCCAUUGUGAACUCGCCCAGCGAUCUUGGUUCUCUUCUGACUUGCUUGCAAUUAUGCAAGCCCCUCGACCAGGCGGCGUAUUUCAAGACACUUCUUCUCAGACCUCUCAAGCGGGGAGAUCCAGUCGCAGGUCGAUUGCUGCAAGCUCUGAUUGGCGAGGUGCUGCUUCGACGAACGAAAGACUCGAGAGAUGCUAAGGGCGCUAAAUUAAUCGAAUUGCCCAGUAUCGAAUACUUUCAAGUCGGUGUUAGGCUGGACGACGAGACCAGGAAGAUCUAUGAUGAGAUCAUGGAGGGAAGCAGGCAAAGAUUCAGGGAGGCUCUGGAAACCGGUACUGGUACUGCGAAUGUGUUGAGCAUGCUGACUCGAAUGCGCCAACUAUGCCUCUCCGCUCAGCUUGUACCCCAAUCAUUCCUUGAUGAUCUGCGACGUCCGCUUCCCAAGAUUCCCACAGGUCCAGCGAUAUCAAUCUCUUCACUGACGCCUAAAAAGAAGGAAGAGUUGAUCGCAAAACUUCGUCAAUUCGUCGAGGAAGAUACUGAGUGCGGGGUGUGCUAUGAUGAAUCUGAAUUCGUGAAAAGACCAUGCAUUACAGAUUGCGGACAUGCCUAUCGAUCAGUCUGCUAUCCAUGUAUCGAAAGAGUACUACUUUCUGCACCGCUAUGUCCCAUGGAUCGGCAUCCCAUUGGCUUACCAUCGAUUCUCGAAUUGCCUCCUGAUCCAAUCGCAGAAUACGUUGAUCCUUUGGAAUCUUCUCAGACCAAAUCUCUGAUGCCUAUCAAAUCAGCCAAGAUCGAUGAAUUGGUCAAGUACUUGAAAGUCUUUCCUGGAGAUGAAAAGACGUUGGUCUUUAGUCAAUUCACUAGUUUUCUCGAUCAAAUUGGCUUAAGAUUAAGGCAAGAAGGAGUUGACUGGACUAGAUUCGAUGGCAGAAUGAACGCUUCCCAACGGCAACAAGUUAUUGCUUCCUUCCAAAGACCGAUGGGCGGGGACAAAUCAGCUUCGAAUCCACGAGUAAUGCUUAUUUCCUUGAAAUCGGGGGCAGUUGGACUGAAUCUGACUGCGGCCUCGAACGUUUUCUUGUGCGAUCCUUGGUGGCAAAGUGCUAUCGAAGCUCAAGCUAUUGACAGGGUACAUAGGAUGGGACAAAAGAAAAAGGUUAGAGUAUUCCAAUUGAUAGCUGAAGAUACGGUUGAAUCUGCUGUUUUGGAUAUUCAGAAAAGGAAGGAUGCUCUUGUAGCCAAAGCUUUCGAGAAAUCGAGCAGGGAAAGCACCAAGACUAAAAAGGAAGCUCGAUUCGAAGAGCUCAAAGAGCUCUUGGGGGUCAAGUGA